AUGGCCGAUUUAAGGGCCGACCUUCGUGGUCUUGAGUCGACCGAUGACCAAGCCCUGGCACGGUUAGGCAAGAAACAGGUGCUGAAGCGCCGAUUCGGCUUCUUCUCCAUCGUCGGGUUUGCCAUGGCGGAGCUGAUCACUUGGGAGACCGUGCUCACCUUGUUCUACGAGUCGUUUGAGAAUGGUGGCCCCGCUGGUGCCUUCUAUGGUUAUAUCAUUGCCUGUCUCUCGACUUUAUCGACUUACACGGUCAUUGCUGAGCUCGCCUCCAUGGCCCCUAUUGCCGGUGGCCAGUACUACUGGGUGUACAUGCUGGCGCCGAUGCGUUGGAAGAAAGUUUCCAGCUAUUUGAUCGGCUGGUUGACCUCAUUGGCCUGGAUCGCGACUAUCGCCACCGAGACCAUCUUCCUGGGGACCAUGAUCGAAGGUCUCAUCACCUUGAACAACCCGGAUUUCGUCCAGCAGCGCUGGCAGAAUACCCUGUUGGCCUGGGCCAGCGUUGCGGGGACCUUUUUCAUUAACGUGGUGCUGCCCAAUACGCUUCCUCGUCUAGAGAUUGCCAUCUUGGUCUUGCAUUUGGUUGGUUUCAUCGGCAUCACGGCUACUCUGCUCGCCAUGUCUCCCAAGAAGUCGGCCCACUUUGUUUUCCAUACCUCCUUGAAUGAAGGAGGCUGGCCCACCCAGGGUAUAUCCUACUGCGUGGGCUUCAUUGGCAACAUCGCCACCUUUGUCGGCGCCGAUGCCAGUGUUCAUAUGGCUGAGGAGGUUGCCAAUGCCGCUGUGGUGAUCCCCCGUGCGAUCAUCACCGGCAUGACCCUCAACAGCGCCCUGGGAUUCUCGAUGAUGUUGACGGUGUUGUUUUGCCUGGGCGAUGUGAAAUCGGUCCUGGACUCCGCCACAGGGUUUCCCUUCAUUCAGAUCUUCUACGACAGUACCCAUUCAUAUGCCGGCGCAUCCGUGAUGACGGCGGUCAUCAUGGUGCUGACCAUGGCCUGCUCGAUCGGCAUUACGGCCACCGCGUCUCGUAUGACCUGGUCUUUCGCCCGAGAUCAGGGUCUGCCCUUCUCCCGCUUCCUGAAGCAGGUGAACCAUCGCACCAAAAUUCCCAUCGUAUCUGUCCUCGUAGUCUGUGGAUUGGCCUGCGCCCUGACGCUCAUCUAUAUCGGCUCCACUACGGCCUUCAAUGACGUUAUUUCUCUGACUGUCACCGGCUUCUACAGCACCUACUUCAUCCCCAGCGCGUUUCUUCUCUACCACCGCAUCAAAGGCCAUAUCCUGCCCCAUGGCACCAUGAUGGACGGUCUCCCGGAUGCUGCCGCUAUCGCCAGCACCACUACUGACGAAAAGCAUGCUGCCCCCGUGCGCCCUAAAAGCCCCGUGAAUAAGGACCGUCUCCCCAGCCCUGGCCCUGCAUCCAGCCCCGAACGCGACCUGCCCGAGACCAAGCGUGCCCAGCCCACGGAAUUCGACAUCGCCCAGGCCCCCCUGAUCUGGGGGCCCUGGAAGGUGCCUGGCAUCCUUGGCACCAUUAACAAUGCGUACGCCUGUGUGUAUAUGUUAUUUGUUAUCUUCUGGAGCGUGUGGCCUCCGUCGACUCCCGUGGACUACACAACCAUGAACUACAGUAUCGUCGUCACGGCGGGCGUGCUGAUCCUCAGUGGGAUCUGGUACUUUGUCCGUGCUCGCAAAGAGUAUUCGGGCCCGCUGAUUGACGAGGAGGUUGCUGAAAUCAUGCAUCUUACCCCCGCAGCGAUCCCGAAAACCGACUAG